AUGAACUAUAGUCCACCGUUCCAGCUCAUGCACGAUAAGAACACCGAAAUCCAGAUCCGACAACUAGAAAUGAACGAAAGAAAAGUAAUCGAGGCGAUCAAGAAUGAGGACCGCUCGAAGAACAUUCAGAACCUCGACCUCGACAGGUUCGCCGCACCCUUCCUGCUCCGUGGCAAGAAAAUUCUGCAGGUGCUUUGCAAGGCAGCCUUAGGUUGGGACGAUCCAAUACCCGAGGUGAUGCAAAAUCAGUGGCGGAUGCAAAAUCAGUGGUGGGUGAGUGAACUACCACUUCUAGAGAAAAUACAGAUUCCAAGGUGCUUCAAGUCAAAUACAAUGGGAGAAAUAAAGAAAGCUGAAUUGCACCACUUCUCAGACGCAAGUAGCGAAGGAUAUGGUCAUUGCAGCUACCUACGCCUCAUCGACAAAGAUGAUAAGGUUAACUGUUCCCUCGUCAUGGGGAAGGCAUGCGUAGCCCCCCUGAAAUCUGUCACAAUACCAAGAUUGGAGCUGAGAGCCGCUCUAACAUCAGUGAAGGUUAGACGCAUGCUGGGUAGCGAGCUGAGAUAUGAUGGAGUUGAAGAAGUCUUCUGGACUGACAGCAAGGUUGUCCAAGGAUAUAUCUACAAUGAAGGGCGUCGAUUCCACACUUACGUUGCAAACCGCGUCCAACAAAUCAGGGAUCACACUAACCCCAAACAAUGGAAGUACGUAGACACCAACAACAACCCAGCCAAAAACAUCUCGCUGGUUACGAGGACCGGAGUUUCUAUGGGAGAUACGCGAGGAGUGGAGAGACUUCGACGAAGAGCCCCCCACGUUACAGGAAGAUGA